AUGAGAGGCGUUCAUGUCGGCCUUCAGGCUUCAGCCUCUCGCGUGGUUAAGAAGGGAAAGAAACGCCCGUUUUCUGCAGAGCACCUAGAUCAGCGGGUGGGAAGGGGUAGGGGUGUGCUCGGAGUGGCGGCAGAGGUGGCGCACGACGGCCCCAUCGGACCCAACCCACCCACCCGCGAUGACGCCCAGGGGCCAGGUUGCAAAAAACACGACAGAGCUGAAGGGGCUGGCGGCCGCGCACGCGGGUGCCAUGUGGGCGAGGCGAUGCAGGGGUUGGAUUCGUUCGCGCGGCCGCUCCAGGCGAACAGGGAUGUGUCGAUAGCCUCCAUUCGCAACGACUCAGUGAUGGAAGUCGGUCAAAUUGAGGGUUUCUACCCUGCCAGGCAGGGGUAG